GCAGGAGGUAGGUGUCUGGGCCCAGCACUCACUUGCUCAGCACACAGGAUGGCCGUCGCAUAUUGCUGCCUUUCCCUGUUUCUCGUAUCCACUUGGGUGGCUCUGCUGCUGCAGCCCCUGCAGGGAGCCUGGGGAGCCCCCCUGGAGCCAAUGUACCCAGGGGACUAUGCAACACCUGAGCAGAUGGCACAAUAUGAAACUCAGCUCCGCAGAUACAUCAACACACUGACCAGGCCUAGGUAUGGGAAGAGAGCCGAGGAGGAGAACACAGGUGGACUUCCUGGAGUGCAGCUCCCCCCCUGCACCAGCCCCCCAGUUGGCUUGAUUCCCUGCUCUGCACCCUGGAGCUGAAAGCAGGGAGCUCUGCCCAAUGGACUCGCAGCCUCUCUUGUCUCCAGCCCGUGGCUGUAGGAGAGUACAGGUCCAGCUCUUUCCUCUGCAGUCUUGCAACAACCUGCUCCCUUGCAAACUAAAUAAAGCAAAUUAAAAAUCAU